AUGGCGUCCGACCAGCAAUUGACCACCAAGCAGAAAGCCAUCCAGGAGGCACGCACCGUCCAGGCCCUCGUCGAGAAAGAGUGCGCCGACGCCGGCAGGGACCCUCCGCCCUACGACCUCGCCGAGCUCAUAGGCAAGGGCAGCUUCGGUCGCGUCUACAAGGCGAAGAGUCGCGAAACUGGCAAACUGGUAGCCAUCAAAAUCAUCAGCAUUGAUGAGGGAGACAGCUACGCGCCUGGCCAGGCAGACACCUUCAACGACAUUCUCAAAGAGGUUAACACCCUCAAGCGUUUGAACGAGGGUGGUGCAAAAAACAUCAACUUAGUCAUCGACUCCCUUCUAAUUGGCCCCACGAUAUGGAUCGUCACCGAGUACUGCGCCGGCGGCAGCGUCGCUACCCUCAUGCGGCCGACUAAUGGCCUGCAAGAGAAAUACAUUAUUCCCAUUCUACGUGAGGUUGCCGAGGCGAUCUAUUGGGUUCACAAACAGGGUGUCAUCCACCGUGACAUCAAGUGCGCAAAUGUCCUGAUAGGCGAGGCGGGCCAGGUGCAGCUCUGUGACUUUGGCGUCGCCGGCAUCAUCGAGACCAAGUUCGACAAGCGUAGCACCGUGACCGGCUCGUUGCAAUGGAUGGCCCCAGAACUAUUCGACUCGACUGUGUCGUAUGGUUCCGAGGUCGACAUCUGGGCGUUUGGCUCCAUGGCCUAUGAGAUGGCGACUGGACUUCCCCCCAAUGCGCGUCCUAUCGUCGAUAUAACCGAGUUUGGCGCAUAUCUGAAGCAACAUUGCCCUCGUCUGACUGGAGAUCAGUACUCAGAAGGGUUGAAGGACCUUAUUGCCUUUUGUUUGGUUGAUGAUCCUCGCCAACGUCCCCCGAUCGAGCAAAUCCAGCGCCACCAUUACAUUUACAACACCGAGGUCGCGUACCCUACGUCCUCCCUCGCCGAGCUGGUUGAGUGGUACAAGGCAUGGGAGCUCCAGGGCGGAAGUAGACGCUCUCUUUUCACUGCGGGCGGUGCCCAAGCCCCCCUGACUGAUCGUUCAUCAUCUGGAUCUGAUGAUGGAUGGAACUUUGACAUUAUCAACGAAGAGACAGACCUCAUCAGCCCCACUGAAGGCAUUCGCGACCAUGACAUUCCGCUGGAGGCGCCGCUCUCUCCCAAGCAAGACCGCUGGCGCGCUCGUCGUCGUCGCCCCCCGCCCAAUAUCAGGCCCCUCAAGGUCCCGCUGGAGAAGGUUUUUGAUCCGAACACCAUCACCAGCUAUACCGAGGCUGCCCGCGCCUUUUAUGGCAAGGGCCUCAAGCAAGAGUUACAGAAGCCGGCUUCCUCUCCUCCUCCCCAGGAGAAAUCCUCUUCCACCGACUUGCCUCUACGGGACAAGUCAGAUCAGCAGUCGGUUCGGGAGUCACUCAUCGAUCUCGACGCUUCCUUGGAAGGGAUGGACUCCUGCGAGUUCUCCUCCGAAUUCGACAUGACCACCAUCAAGCCGAUCCGACGGCCUGAUCCCCCUCCGAUUGACACCGGCCCUGCUGAAGGCGACCGUGGUCGUACCCUUGACUGGACCUUCCCCUCUGCAACCCCCUCCAGCGAGCCCCAAAGCUCCUUAAAUCACAAUGACAACAGUCACCACGGCAUAUUCAGCCCUGUCGACAGCGUCCAAGUCUUUACCCCUCUCCCUAAACCGGCUUUCAGCACUGCUCAGUCCCCCCCGGCUGCCGAAAACCGCUUCUCCGCCGUGAGUUUGAUUGACCUUGACGACGCCACUCCCGACCCCGAUCCUUCUGCGUACCGCUUUUCUGCUGCGAAUACAAACUACAGUCGCCCGUCAACUUCGCACUCCGAGGUCCCCUCGACUAUCAGCUCCGACCGCGCCGAGACUCCAUUUGGUUUUGACCUCCCCCUUCACCAACACAAUGACUACUCCUACGAGCACCCGAGCCAGCCGACAAGGGAGAGGGAACCGUCGAUCUAUAUCGACGCCGAUGUGGGCGUGGGUGAGAGUUUGAACGGCGGUGAAGAAAAGCACCUCUCACCCGAAAAUAGUAUCAGCAUCAGCUCUGAACCCCCUCCGACGCCGGAGCGCUCUCCCCUGAGGGCCGUCAGGAUGAUGCAACAGCAACAGAGAGAGCAUAUCCUCCAGUCCAGACAACAGCGAAUGCGGCACCGAGAGCUCCAACUCCAACUGUCGCCGGAGUAUAAAUUGCAGCGGGGGGGUAUCCGCACCGGGAGUGUGGGCAGUAGUAUGAAUCAUGGCAUACAGGACAAGGAGCUUAUUAUACCGUUGCAAAUGCCUGCGCCGAAGUCGUUGAGCCAGCUUCCGAUUCCCACCCCGCCGUCACCACUCGUUAUGCAGGGAAUGAGCUCGCCGGAGAAGACGAAGGAGGAAUUAAACCGGUUGAUUGCGAGCUUCUGCGGGCACUUGCAGUUGACAGGACAUGUGGUGGAGAGUCUGCCUGUGAGAGUGCAGAAAGACUUGAUGGGAUAG